AUGGAACUCAACCGAGAACAUUUUCGCGCCAUAAUUUAUUUCAACUUUCAGAGACAAUUAUCGCAACAAGAAUACCUUGCUGAGUUACUGUCUAUUUUCGGCAACGAAGCGCCACAUCAGUCGACAAUUUCCCGUUGGUAUGGAGAAUUCAAACGUGGACGGGUGAGUCUUAGCGACGAUCCCAGGGUGGGUGCACCAAGAACGGCAGUCACCCAGGAAAACGUCGAUGCUGUGCGCAGACUCAUCAUUGAAGAUAGACAUGUGACAUAUCGCGAGAUUGAGGCGUCCUUGAAGAUCUCAAAGACCUCAAUUCAGAAAAAAUUACAUGUAGAAUUAAGAGUAAGAAAAUUAGUUUCUCGUUGGAUACCCCAUCUGUUGACUGAAGAUCAGAAAGCAGCCAGGGUUAAUUGCAUUGUUAGUGGUGAUGAAUCGUGGAUUUACUGUUAUGAACCAGAAAAUAAACGACAGCCGGCUGUUUGGGUGUUCCAAGGUGAAGAAAAGCCAACAAAAGUCAUCCGUUCUCGAAGUGUUUCGAAAAAGAUGGUCGCGACAUUUGUGUCAAAAGCGGAUCAUAUUGCAACAAUUCCUCUUAAUGAGCAAAGAACUCUUCAAAAAAUCAACCCCGAAAGAAGUAUCAUCCUCCACCAAGACAAUGCAAGCUCGCGCACAGCCCAAAAAACAAGGCAGUAUUUAACGGAAGAAAACGUGGAAUUAUUGGACCAUCCUCCAUAUAGUCCCGAACUAAGUCCUAACGAUUUCUUUACUUUCCCGAAAAUUAAAAACAGACUGCAUGGUCAAAGGUUCCAGUCACCAAAAGAAGCAGUUGACGCAUUCAAAAAUGCCGUUUUGGAUCUGCCAGCAAACGAGUGGAAUAAGUGCUUCGAAAAUUGGUUCAAGCGCAUGCAGAUGUGUAUUAAUCUUCUAAAAGUACAAGUAUGGAACAGUAUUGUCUUUAGUGACGAGUCUCGAUUUUGUUUAGGCAUGCACGAUGGUCGUGCCAGGGUUAGAAGGCGACGUGGUGAAAGGAGGAAUCCACAAGGUAACAUGAACGCGCAGCGUUAUAUCCACGAAGUUCUAGAACCCCAUCUUUUACCCUAUCUUGACACCCUGGCAGAUCCAACUUUGCAACAAGAUAAUGCCCGACCACAUGUUGCAAGAGUCACAAUAGACUUCUUUCAACAUAAUGAUGUCACAUUGUUACCAUGGCCACCAAGAUCUCCCGACUUAUCCCCAAUUGAGCACGUGUGGGAUAUGAUGGGUAGGAGAUUGCUCAAUUUGCAACGUCCUCCUCAGACUCUAGAAGCACUUCGAGAGGAGUUGGUGGUUGCCUGGAAUGAGAUACCACAGGAGGACAUUGACCACCUGAUCAGAAGCAUGCCUAGGCGCGUUGGAGGGUGCAUCCACACAUUAUUAAACAUCAAAGGGCUUUAA